AUGUCUGCGACGGGAGAGGGAGACAUGACCCUAGGUGGCCCGGACAGCCCCAUGGGCAUGGCGGGAGCGUGGGCCAGGGCGGCCGGAGCCGGCGACGGGGUGGGCAGUGAGUCCGGGCCCCACGGGGCGGCCGGCGUCCGGGGCGCCGCGGGAGGCCUCGGGGAGGCGGCGGGCGAGCAGGGGGCCGCUGCGGCGGAGGGCGGGAGCGCCGGGGAAGACUCGGACAUCGGGCCGGCCGAGGAGGGCGAGGAGGAGGCGGGCCGGGACCUGGUGGUGGACGCCCACCUGUUCCCCAUGGCGAACUUCCGCCUCAUGUUCCUGGACCUGGUGCGCUCGCUGCUGCACCGCGUCUACUACAACGACCACGUGCUCGUGCGGCCCCGCGCCGGCCGCCUGCUGCUAGGCCGACCCCGGCCUCGGGCGCCCGACGGCGCGGCCGAGCUCCACGCGCCCCAGCCGCCGCCAGAGGGGGCCGCUGCCCCGGCGCCCGCGGAGGAGGCCACCCGGGAGCCCCCGGAGGAGGCCACCCGGGAGCCCGCGGAGGAGGCCACCCGGGAGCCCGCGGAGGAGGCUGCCGCCGCUGCGGAAACAACUAAAUGUCGGUAUGAAAACGCGAAUGAAGAGGUCGAGGACGCUGAAAGUAAGGAAGAAAAAGAGAAGUUUAACAGAAAACAGGAAGGACCCGAAAAGGAUCUGGACCCAGCAGAGAGCACGCUGAGAAAAUCCAGUUGCGAGGAAUAGAAAGAAGAUGGAAGAAGAAGAAUCUGUUCUUCACUCUUUAGAUUUCUUGUUUUUUAGAAGCGCGAGGGAAUUUUAUCAACACUGAUUUCAUUCCAACUUCAUCACCCAAAAAGUGAUAUCCACUGACAUCUGACUUUUCCCUCACAUUUUACAGAUAUAUUUGACAACAUUUGUUCACGUUAAAAAUAAAAGUUUGUUUUAAUGCGC